GAUUUUAAUUAUGUCGGAUAAAGCUCUCAAAGUUCUUUACAUUCAUGGUCGUGAAAGUUCUUCUCAAACAGGAAAAUGUCAAUUUUUAAAGCAACAUUUUAAUGUUUAUGCCGCUGAUAUGCCAACACAAGAUUUUGAUGCAGAUCUCAGACUGCAAGAGAAAUUUGUUAAAGAAAUUCAACCUGAUGUUAUAGUUGGAAGUUCUUAUGGUGGUGCGAUUGCUGUUACAAUGCUUCAAAAAGGAACAUGGAAAGGACCAACAAUUUUACUUGCGCAAGCGUUCGUUCGUUAUCAAAGCUAUGACCCAUCAAAAUUAUGGUUACCAGAAGGAGUUGCAAUUACAUUGAUCCAUGGAACAAAGGAUAAAAUAGUUGAAAUAGAAGGUAGUAGAUUAUUAGCUACGAAAGGGACUCCGCAGUUAGUUGAAAUGAUUGAAGUAUCUGACGAACACCAAUUACAUUCUUUGAUUGACAGUCAAAUGUUCUUGGAUUCGGUUAGAGAGGUUUAUGAGAAACAAAAGGGAUAUCAGGAUUAAAAAAACGCAUGCAUGAUUUACAAAAUAGGUUUUUUAUUAUUAAUUUAAAUUCGUUAAUAAGAUUGAAUAAAAUAAGUAAUGUUAUAUUACGUAAUUUUGAUUUUACUCGCAUCUAAUCACUUUAAAUGGCAAUA